UUGAAAUCGAGCCUCAUUGGCAAUUUUGUUUUCCAACUGUAAGGUUGUUACCAGAGCAACAUUUCUGCAAUCUGUACAAUGGAAGACGACGGCAGUUCCUCAUCCUCAGAUGAAUCGAGGUCAAGCUUCGUAUCUGUGGAGGAUCCGUCGGCUCCAGGGCCCUCAAAAAGGAAACGGCGAGCGCCUCACAAAGCUUCAAAAAGGAAACGUCACAGCGAAGAGGUUACGGUACAUAACCUAAUGAAAGAAGUAAGUGAGGUAAAACGUUUUUUAUCUUCAAUGAUACCGUACCCACAUGGUCCGCAGCAACCCAUGCCCGGACCUCCUUCGCUGCUUAUAUCUGACGAUCGGGACGAUAAUAUUAGUCUGAAUGUCAGUGGUGAACUUUGCUCUGAUAAUGAAACACGUGGCGCAAAUAAGACUGAGCCGGCAGAUUUGAGUAUUAACCUGCCAUUUAAUACUACUUUAAAAGAGCCAUCAGUUCCAAAAUCUGCCCAGGACCAUGUGCAUUUCUUAAAUGAGGUUCAGCAUUUUGGCUCGCCAGAUUGGGCGGACGUCCGCUAUGCGGAGGUUCAGAAAUCUUAUUGCUCGACCCCAGGUUUCAUCGAUACCGAAUGUAACGAUGAAUUAAAGCCGUAUGACAGAAAUGUCUCUCUUAGCGUUACUGAGAAAGGCUUUGCCGCCAUUACUCAGGCAUUAAUCAAACAAAAAGAAUCGUUGCAAUCUGGGUUGGAGUCUUUACUCUCGUGGAUUUCAUCCGCCGAUCAAGACAUAACUGUAGCUGCCUUAAGAGAAAAACUUAAUGAGAUCUUUAUAGAGGGUCCUUUUAACAAAAUAUCAGUUGACCUUCUCCAAAUGGCUUGUGGACAUAGGGCAGAUUUAAUUCAACAGAGGCGUGACGGUAUUUUGAGAUAUGUGAAAGAUAAAUUCACCCGUGCGGCCAUUCGUAAGAUUCCGCCAACUUGUGAAGGGUUGUUUGAUAAAGGAAUGUUGUCAGCCGAGCUAGAAAAGAACGGCGGAGUUGCGAAAACUCUUUGGCCGUUACCGAAUCAAACACCAAAGGCUAACUGGCCAGCUGCGCAAGCUGGACCGUCGCGUGCCAGACAGCCCGCGCAGGGCUCUAACAAUUUUCCUAAUACGGGCUAUUUUGGCAAACCUAUGCCAAACCCGCCAGCGCAUGGGUUCCCAUAUUAUCCUCCGCAAGGAUAUUUUAUGAAUCCUUUUUCGCAACAAGCCCCUUUUUAUAUGCCACAACGAUUUUCGCAAAAUCGGGAUGGCAAACAGAAUAGAAAAGUAAAUAGAAAUCGCAAUUCUACAAAAAACGAUGAACCAAUGCCGAAUUCUAACUCGAGAGGCCGUCGAGACAACAGAAGGUUUCGGGGCAAGCGAAAAUUCUGA